AUGAUCGGAAUCGGUACUCGGUACCUGCGGAGUACACUGUCAACCGCACGAGGUCUGCAUCUGCGACUCCCGUACAUAGCCUGUGCCUUUCCCCCCCGGAACUACAUUGUAUUCCCCCCUCUUCAUGCUUCAUAUUCAUCUUCAUUCUUCGAUUCAUUUUCCCUCUUUGGUUAUUCCAUUUCUUCGACAAUUUUGGCUAUAAAUCUUCCUUCCCCACUGCCUCUCUCUCUACACACACACACACACACACCGCCUCUUUUCAUGAUGGCUCGAUAUUUCCAGACUGAAUUUUACCAACAAUCACCUUCAACAUUAGACAUGACAGAAGACGACGAGAUGAGUGUAUUGGAUGAGAAGAUCUUGGAGCCAGGGUCCGAAGACCUCGCCGACACUCGUCGCUCGUCCUAUGAUGCCCCAGCCUACUCACAUCGGGAUUCCGUCUGGUCCAACUACUCCAAUACCAGCUCGAACCAGUCCCGUUCAAAUUCGCAUGUGGGACAUUCCAUGUUGAACUCCUCCGGUGCAUCGUUUAUGCCUGUUGAUGGUCCUCAUUCAACUUCCUUCCCGCAACCCUCUUGGUCCAUGCCGCGCAACGACUCCGGGUCAUGCACGCCGACCGCGGGUUAUGAGCAGUAUUCCACCGAGGGAGACCAGAUCACGACUGCGCCAUUCUCGGGUGGCGCAGUUGGGCCUGUGGGCGCCAUGCCCAUGAACCCCAUGUCGUAUCGGGGGAGUAUGUUCGGGCCACCGGGCAGUGUCGCCAUGUCGCCGCAGUCAAGUCAGGGCUGGAUGCCCGCUCCGAUGGAUCUGGCCGAUGCCCCAUCGCACCAGAACAAGAGCCCUUCUUACCGCAAUGACUCGCCAUUGAGUGUGCGACGGGACGGGAUUCGAAAAAAGAACGCCCGCUUUGAGAUUCCGGCUGAGCGGACCUUGAGUAACAUCGACCACUUGAUCAGCCAGUCUACCAACGAGGAAGAGAUCAAGGAACUCAAGCAGCAAAAGCGACUGCUGCGGAAUCGUCAAGCUGCCUUGGACUCUCGUCAACGCAAGAAACUGCACACCGAGAAGUUGGAAGAGGAGAAGAAGCACUUCACCGCGACGAUCACCGAUCUGGAAGAAGCGCUGCAAAGCAUGAAAAUGCGAGAAGCAGAACUGUUGCGCGAGAAGAGUGAAUGGAUUGUGACCCACGGGCAGAUGAACCAAUACAUCGAAGGGCUGCACAUGGAGAAAGACGAAAACAUUCGCGUACACACGCUGGAGACAGCCGAGCUACGCAAGAAGAACAACAUUCUCAUGGAAACCGUCGACAAGCUGGAGCGGGGUAUCAAACCCGCCCAGGACAACCUCCCUGGAGACUUCACCGGCUUCGAGAACUUGUCCAUGGAAAGCCACCCAUGGGACGACUUCUCGAUGCAGAAUGGUGUUCCCAUGCAACCGGAAUGUGCCCGCCCACCCAUCAACCAGGUCAAAGCCCCGGAGAAAUCCACCUCAGACCUACCGAUCAGCUGGAAUGCCUUCUACAUGUGUCUUCUCUUCGGUGCGUUCAUUGCUUCGAACAGCACUUCCCUUCCAGGUCGCUCCCUGCCUCAACUCUCAGAAGAGUACCGUGCCGAGUCCGCGAACGUAUUGAAAGCCGUUCUCGCUUCGUCGCCCAAGCACGAGCUCGCGCACGGCACUGCCACUGCCACUGCCGCACCGACAACCAUCAGCGGCAUGGAAAUGGCACAGAUGAGCGCCGUGCCAUCCACGCUCGACCAGCUGCACAACACUCUCGUUAUGCCAACAGAGCAGCAAGAGCGCGAGCAGGUCUUUGCCCUGAAUGCCAACCAGUACAACUCCCUGACGACGUUCGAGGACGACGGAUUCAAGCCGCAACAGCCGUCCUCGCUGCAACAGGCUCUUGCCGCGAUGCGCAAUACAGUUGCGCAGCAAAGUCGCAUGGGAGGCUCCUCGUCGGACGUCUAUUCGCGAUCCCUGAUGUGGGAUCGCGUGCCUGAGAAGGUCAUACGUGAUUUCCGACGCAUGGUGCAAGACUUUGCCGUCCCUGUUAAAGACGAGGGUGUUUUCCACCCUUGA